CCGGAAGGGCGUGCUCGGGCGAUCUCAAUUUUGGAGAAACUCACGGCGACGUUACGGUGGAGUCACGCCAAGGCCCUAGCAGUCGCUGUUCUUCCCGACGUUUUGGCACCUUUGUUCUACCUAUAUCGACUCAACAACAUUGGCUUAACAUUGGAAAUCAAACCCAAGGGCUUGUAACAGGUAUCGAUUUCACCGCUCGAGGACUCGGUCAUAAUGCCUUCCCCUCCGCCAGCAUUUGGAUCACAGGGCUACUGGAAUCAUCGAUUUGCCGCAAAUUCGACACCAUUUGAAUGGCUUGAAGCACCCACUGCACUUGACCCGUUCAUCACCGACGCUUUGAAAUAUACGGACGAGCAUAGACCUGAGCUGCUACACGUAGGAUGUGGAACAUCGCUAUUGUCUUUUCACCUCAGGGUACAUGUAGAUGACCCACAGCAAAUACAUAAUCUAGACUACUCGGAGGUCGCUAUCGACGUUGGAAAGAAGCGCGAAUCAGAGAUAUGCGGUAUAGAUGAGGAGCAUAAACAUCAAGAUACCACCAAUAUUGCUACAACCAAAGCAGACAUUAUGGCGAUCAGCUCAAUUAACAAGAGCACUAAGGAACAUGAUCGGCCACGCACAUCUUUAGCCGUAAACACCCAUCAACAGUUCAGGCAUAUGCGCUGGGACGCUGUGGAUCUCCUCAGUCAUAGAUCAUUACUCGGCGCCUGUAAUUCUAGUACAUACUCGGUAAUAGUCGACAAAUCCACCUCCGACUCUAUCGCCUGUGCAGACGACGUCGAUGUCCCGCUUCCAUAUCCCAUCGGCAUCCGCCCAGAGGUGCCCAUAAAGUUGGACCUCGAACGAUCUGGACCCCUACACCCUCUAUACAUCAUGGCCGUCCACCUUGCCCUCGUCAUCAGACCCAGGGGUCGAUGGAUAUCUCUUUCCUACUCGCAGGGCCGCUAUCCCUUUGUCAACGUGUUCGAGAAGGUCUCUCAAGACGUGAUCGAUAAUGGCUUUCCGGACCCUGGGCUCUUAUGGAAGGUAGUGGGCAAGCACGAGAUUGACGUGCCAGAACAGCAACUGCCAAACGCGAACAACGGCGACUCAAUCACGCAUAGACCCAAGACCAUGCACUGGGUGUAUGUGCUGGAACGGACGGACGUGCCGCUCUUCGUUCGUGGGAGUCAUAUUUAGGUUUGGAGUCAAGGUCACGCAAUGAAGUUGAGUUUCUCAAGUCUCUAACUUAUUUCAAGUCUUACCACCUCUGAUAGCAGCUACAAUAUUAGCAUUAUCGUCCCUAUCAAACAUAUUGAUAUUCAACUACCACUGUCAUAUAGCAUUACGACUUGCUAUAUAUAUCAGCACUUCGCAAAAAGAAACACCUGUGAUUGAAGUAGUCCUGGCUCUUUCGACAGGGGGCAUAGAAAUAUCGUCAUAUGGAGUCGUCGGACUAUCAUCAACGUGCACAUCCACUACACAUACGACAGCAUGCUAGUCUGCCGGUACGUUGUUUAAACAGAGCAGAGCAAACGUGAAGCCUUGUUUUUACGUCCUAUGGCCGUAUGUGGAACAACUAGCACGUGUUGUAGACUACAUGUCUACCAAGUAUUGGAGAUCUGAGGAAUAACACGUCUUCAAGACUCCAACCUGAUGCU